AUGAAUAUGCAGGCUAGGAGACUGCAACACGGAAGUCAGGAGGCCAGGAGACCGCAACACGCAAGCCAGGAGGCCAGGAGACUGCAACACGGAACACGGAAGCCAGGAGGCCAGGAGACCGCAACACGCAAGCCAGGAGGCCAGGAGACCGCAACACGGAAGCCAGGAGGCCAGGAGACUGCAACACGCAAGUCAGGAGGCCAGGAGACUGCAACACGGAAGCCGCCAGGAGGCCAGGAGACUGCAACACGGAAGCCAGGAGGCCAGGAGACUGCAACACGGAAGCCAGGAGGCCAGGAGACUGCAACACGGAAGCCAGGAGGCCAGAAGACUGCAACACGGAAGCCAGGAGGCCAGGAGACUGCAACACGGAAGCCAGGAGGCCAGGAGAUCGCAACACGGAAGCCAGGAGGCCAGGAGACUGCAACACGGAAGUCAGGAGGCCAGGAGACCGCAACACGCAAGCCAGGAGGCCAGGAGACCGCAACACGCAAGCCAGGAGGCCAGGAGACCGCAACACGGAAGCCAGGAGGCCAGGAGACCGCAACACGGAAGCCAGGAGGCCAGGAGACCGCAACACGGAAGCCAGGAGGCCAGGAGACCGCAACACGGAAGCCAGGAGGCCAGAGGACCGCAACACGGAAGCCAGGAGGCCAGGAGACCGCAACACGGAAGCCAGGAGGCCACACAGCCACUGAAAUCCCAACAGACACACGAGCACAACAGCAGGAACAAAAAAAUCCACUCCAGGGAGCGCAUACGGGGCAACAAAAGAAUAGAAAAGCGAUGAAAUAA